UGGGUUUGGGUUUGGCAAAACCCGACCCAACCCGACCCAUUGCCAUCCCUAGACUGAGGAGAUGAUAUCCAUGUAGGCUGAAUGAAGCGCCGAAAACGCACCGUAUCACGGCGGUUCGCUCGCCUUCCUCUCUCUUCCGAUGUCUGCAACUGAAACAAAAAUGGAGCCUCGAUAUCAUCGUUAGUUGUGAAUGGAGCUCCAGCACACACCUCCAAACAAAAGCCAGCCGUAGUUAAAAUUCCUCCAAACCUUACGCCUCUCCUUCUUCUUCCUCUAAUCUCUUUCGAUCCAUCCAAAACCCCCCCUUUUCUCUGGAGUAGAGAAACCAACCAUGGCUGCAAUCUCCAACUCUCUGGUUGUCUCCAGAAACCCUCAGCUCCCCAACCUCUCUUCCGGUGUUGCACCUACAGUGUUGUCCUUCAAUCCCACUCGCCCUCGGAACCUCCGAGUUGGUCCCUCGAGAAGGUCGCUCGUCGUUCAAGCUGCCUACAGUGAUGGUGAAAGAUCAGGAUCGGGUAGUUCUGGAAUCUUUAUCGGCGGGUUUGUACUGGGAGGACUUAUUGUUGGUGCGCUUGGAUGUGUUUAUGCACCUCAGAUCAGCAAGGCAUUAGCUGGAACUGAUAGGAAGGACCUAAUGAGGAAACUCCCCAAGUUCAUCUAUGAUGAAGAGAAGGCUUUGGAGAAAACACGGAAAAUAUUGAGCGAGAAGAUAGCACAACUGAACUCGGCCAUCGAUGAUGUGUCCUCUCAGCUCAGAUCGGAAGAUGCCCCUGAAGAAGACAUGUCCGUGAACCCCGAUGAAAUCGAAGCUGCUCUUUGAGAAAAUCUCUGUGUUUGUCUUGUGUUCUCUCGUUGCAUUGUUGGUAUACAGUUUACGACGCGGUCAGUAAUUUUUUUGAGAACUCUGAAAUAACAACAGCUGAAACUCAUCUCAAUGCGCUUCUUAAUAGCUGUUUCCUUGCUGUGCCUUGCCUCCCAAGUACGAAAUAGUGUAUGCUGUUUGCCUCGUACGAAGGCAGCAGCGGUCAUUUGGACAGGAUUUAUAUACACUUUACACUUCUGUCUAUUGUCAUUGUAAUCGAAUGCUCUCAUAUCGACUCUUGAAAGUAGUUUAAUCGAUCUUGGAUUCGUUGGGAAUUUGAGAGUUACACCAGCUUGAAUUCGCCCGGUCGCUGAAGCUGUGGUUAGGAGAAAUAGUAUCCCUGAUCAUAUCAUCCGAUCUUGACAUAGAUAUUGUUGUAUGCCACAAAGUCUUCUCGACCAUCGACUUUCAACCCUUACCAGCCAGAAAAUGGCACAGUUGGAAAAUCUACUGGAUGAGACGAAAUGUUGCCUCUCGUUCUGAUAGAAGCGCAAUCAGGCAUAAACACUGAGAUCUUAUCCCCACAGAUUUUGUUCUCGCCCACACGUUCUCUAGAAGAACUAAGGUCCAUAGAUUUUCCUAAGUGUUGGAAAAUAUACGAGAAAAAACAAAGUGAAAAGCUAAAGAAAACGUAUUGCAGCUGGUACUCCUAUAUAUGUGAAGCAUAGGAAUCAAGCUAUUAGCUUUAGAACCUUCAGCUUUGCAGCAGCAGCCAUGGCCACUCACGCAGCUCUUGCUCCUUCGAGAGUUCCUGCCAGCACCAGGCUUCCUUCUUCCAAGAUCACCGCUCAUUCUUUCCCUUCACAAUGCUCCACCAAGAGGCUGGAAGUUGCAGAGUUUUCAGGGCUUCGUGCCACUCCUGGCGUGAUGUACGCCAAGAACACUACUGAGGCAUCCUUCUUCGACUCUGUUGCUGCUCAGCUCGCUCCCAAGGCUGCAGCCGCCACUCCUGUAAGGGCGGAGACUGUUGCCAAAUUGAAGGUGGCGAUCAAUGGAUUUGGAAGAAUUGGUAGGAACUUCCUGCGGUGCUGGCACGGCCGCAAGGACUCACCUCUGGAUGUUAUUGUUGUCAAUGACAGUGGUGGUGUUAAGAAUGCUUCCCACUUGCUGAAGUAUGAUUCGAUGCUCGGAACUUUCAAAGCUGAGGUGAAGAUUGUCGAUGAUUCCACCAUCAGUGUUGAUGGAAAGCCCAUCAAAGUCGUCUCCAGCAGGGACCCCCUCAAGCUUCCAUGGGCUGAGAUGGGGAUCGACAUUGUCAUCGAGGGAACAGGAGUGUUCGUUGAUGGCCCUGGCGCAGGAAAGCACCUUCAAGCUGGUGCCAAGAAGGUGAUCAUCACAGCUCCUGCCAAAGGUGCCGACAUUCCAACCUAUGUGUUUGGUGUUAACGAGCAGGAUUACUCCCAUGAGGUUGCCGACAUUAUAAGCAAUGCUUCCUGCACCACGAACUGUCUGGCUCCAUUCGUCAAAGUCAUCGAUGAGGAAUUUGGUAGGGAGGCUCCCAUCUCGAUUCACCAUCGGAACCCACCUGUUGUUAAAGCUUGAGUUUCAAGUAACUGAUCCUUUUAGUUAUUUUGCAGGCAUUGUCAAGGGAACAAUGACAACCACCCACUCCUACACUGGAGACCAGGUACUUACUAUGAUUCGAUCAUCCAAUCAUUCGUAAUCAAGCAAUCACAAACAGAAAGUUCACUUAUCCUAAAAGAGUUUCGGCUUCCUCCUGGUGAUUCUGCAGAGGCUGCUGGAUGCUUCCCACAGGGACCUGAGGAGAGCCAGGGCUGCAGCUCUCAACAUCGUCCCAACAAGCACCGGUGCAGCGAAAGCAGUGUCGCUAGUCCUCCCUCAGCUCAAGGGCAAGCUCAACGGCAUCGCCCUCCGAGUCCCCACGCCCAAUGUCUCGGUGGUCGACCUCGUUGUGAACGUGGCGAAGAAAGGAAUCUCGGCUGAGGAUGUCAAUGCAGCCUUCAGGAAGGCCGCAGAGGGACCAUUGAAGGGCAUAUUGGAUGUCUGCGAUGUUCCCCUUGUCUCUGUGGACUUCAGGUGCACCGAUGUCUCGUCCACCAUCGACUCCUCAUUGACCAUGGUGAUGGGUGAUGAUAUGGUGAAGGUGGUCGCCUGGUAUGACAAUGAAUGGGGAUACAGCCAAAGGGUGGUUGAUUUGGCACACUUGGUAGCCAACCAAUGGCCAGGAGUUGCUGCUAAAGGAAGUGGAGAUCCAUUGGAGGACUUCUGCGAGACAAACCCUUCUGAGGAGGAAUGCAAAGUAUAUGAAGCUUAGUAGAUAGAUGAAUGAACAUCUUGGAUUCCCUUUCUUAUUUUUCAAUUUUUGGGUUUCUUCCUUCUCUCUUGUGGAGAGAGAUUGGUGCAAGAGGAUCCUGUUUCUGUAACGAGCAGAUCAAUGGUUUCAUGGUUGUGAAGAAAAUAAGGCUAUGUUGUUAACAGAAGCUCUUGGAAUUAAAGUUCAAAUUCAUGAUUUAUGUUUUGCAUAAAGAACUGAGAGUAACGCAAACCUGAGGGGAGAGAGGAUUGGCGGCGAAACUCCAGUUAGGGGAGGAACUCAGUGGCGGGAAGAUGAAGAUAAACCCGACGCCGCUGCUCCGAUCUUCAAGCUGGCGCGAACAGAGUACAGCGAGGUGAUCCAUUGAACAAGGUCAACUCCAGCGAGAACAGAGAAACCUGGAUGAUCCACCAGAACGAAACCCGAAACCCGUGCAAAAACGUUAAACCAACACC